AUAGGUGCCGCUAGCCUGCCCGGCGUUCAGCGGCGGGAGGGGCCAGGUCCCGCGGCGACCUCUCUCCUGCACUCACCAUGCUGGGGCCGCAGCUGCUGCUGCUCCUGUCCUGCGGGGGUGCCCUGCUCUGCGCCGGUCUGGACGACGCCUCCUCCACCCACCCAGGCCUCCAGGGGCCGAAGAACUCCUCACAGACAGCUCCGGGCAAGGGCUGGUGCUCCACGUGGGGGGCCGGCCACUUCUCCACCUUCGACGGCCACGUGUACGACUUCGAGGGGACCUGCAACUACGUCUUCGCGGCCAUCUGCAAGGACACCUCGCCCACCUUCAGCGUCCAGCUGCGGCGAGAGCCUGGCGGCAACAUCUCCCGGGUCAUCGUGGAGCUGGGGUCCUCCGCGGUCACCGUGCAGCAGGGGGGCAUCUCCGUCAGGGACGUGGGAGCCGUCAGCCUGCCCUACACCGGCAGCGGGCUGCAGAUCGCCCCCUUUGGCCAGAGCGUGCGGCUGGUGGCCAAGCAGCUGGAGCUGGAGCUGGUGGCGGUGUGGGGCCCGGGCGCCCACCUCAUGGUGCUGGUGGAGGACAGGCACAGGGGCAGGAUGUGCGGGCUCUGCGGGAACUUCAACGGCAAGAAGAGCGACGAGUUCCUGAGCGAGGACGGCAAGCUCCUGGAGCCCCGCAAGUACGCGGCCCUGCAGAAGCUGGACGACCCCAACGAGAUCUGCGCCCACGAGGCCGUCCCCGGCCCCCGGGUCCUGCGGGCAGAGCAUGCCCAGACCUGCGCCCAGCUGCUGACCCUGGUGGCCCCCAAGUGCAGCGUGCCCACGGAGCCCUUCCUGCGGAGCUGCCAGGCAGACCUGGCCACGUGUGCCCAGCCAGGCCGGCAGGGCUGCGGCUGCGCCACGCUGUCUGAGUACUCGCGCCAGUGCAGCCUGGCCGGCCAGCCCGUCAGCCGCUGGCGGGGCCCCGGCCUCUGCUCCCUGGGCCUGUGCCCGGCCAACCAGGUGUACCAGGAGUGCGGCGAGGCCUGCGUCAAGACCUGCUCCAACCCACAGCACAGCUGCUCCAGCUUCUGCACCUUUGGCUGCUUCUGCCCGGAAGGCAUGGUUCUCGAUGACGUUUCCAAAAACCUCACCUGCGUGCCAGUCGCUCAGUGCCCCUGCAUGCUGGGCGGGGUGGCCUACGCCCCCGGGGAGGUCACUGCGGACGCCUGCCGCACCUGCCAGUGCACCAUGGGACACUGGAAAUGCGAAGAGCGGCCCUGUCCCCGGAGCUGUGCCCUGGAAGGCGGCUCCUUUGUGACCACGUUCGACGCCAGGCCCUACCGCUUCCACGGGACGUGCACCUACAUCCUCCUCCAGAGCCCGCAACUCCCCGACGGGGGCUCCCUCAUGGCGGUAUACGACAAGUCUGGGUACUCGCACUCGGAGACCUCCCUGGUCGCGCUCAUCUACCUGUCCAGCCAGGACAAAAUCGUGAUUUCCCAAGACGAGGUGAUCACCAACAACGGAGACACCAAGUGGCUGCCAUACAAGACCGGCAACAUCACGGUGUUCAGGCAGACGUCCACCCACCUCCAGAUGGCCACCACCUUCGGGCUGGAGCUCGUGGUGCAGCUGCGGCCCGUGUUCCAGGCGUACAUCACCGUCGGGCCCCACUUCAGGGGCCAGACCAGGGGGCUCUGCGGCAACUUCAACAGGGACACGACGGACGACCUCACCAGCAGCAUGGGCGUCGCCGAGGGCACCGCCUCACUCUUCGUGGACUCCUGGCGGGCUGGGAACUGUCCGGCCACCCUGGAGCGCGAGACCGACCCCUGCUCCAUGAGCCAGCUCAACAAGGUGUGCGCGGAGACCCACUGCGCGGCGCUGGUGAACAAGGGCACGGUGUUCGAGAAGUGCCACGCCGUGGUGAACCCCAAGCCCUUCUACAAGAGGUGCGUGUACCAGGCCUGCAACUACGAGGAGACCUUCCCGCACAUCUGCGCCGCGCUGGGGGCCUACGCCCGCAGGUGCGCCUCUCGGGGCGUCCUGCUCUGGGGCUGGAGGAGCAGCGUGGACAACUGCACCGUCCCCUGCACGGGCAACCAGACGUUCAGCUACGACAGCCGGGCCUGCGGCCGCACGUGCCGCUCGCUGUCCGACCGCGCUGCCGAGUGCCACCCCAGCGCCGUUCCCGUGGAAGGCUGCAACUGCCCAGAGGGCACCUACCUCAACCACAAGGCUGAGUGUGUGCGCAAGGCCCAGUGCCCCUGCCUCCUGGACGACCGCAAGCUCGUCCUGGCCGGCCAGUCCACCGUGGUCAACGGCGCCAUCUGCUACUGCACGAACGGGCGGCUGAGCUGCCCCGGGCGGCCACGGGCGCUCCUGGCUUCCUGCCCGGCCCCCAAGACGUUCCAGUCCUGCAGCCAGUCCUCCGAGAGCAAGUUUGGGGCGGCCUGUGCCCCGACCUGCCAGAUGCUGGCCACUGGCACCCCCUGCGUGCCCACCAAGUGUGAGCCCGGCUGCGUGUGCGCCGAGGGACUCUACGAGAACGCCAGCGGGCAGUGUGUGCCCCCCGAGGAGUGCCCGUGCGAAUUUGCGGGGGCUUCGUACCCCCGGGGUGCCGAGCUCCACACCGGCUGUAAGACCUGCACCUGCUCGAGGGGCAAAUGGACGUGCCAGGACGGUGUCCACUGCUCGUCCACCUGCACCCUCUAUGGAGAGGGCCAUGUGGUCACCUUUGACGGGCAGCGCUUCGUGUUCGAGGGCAACUGCGAAUACAUCCUGGCUACGGAUGGCUGCGGCACCGACGACCCCCGGCCCACCUUCAAGGUCCUGACGGAGAACGUGGUGUGCGGGAAGUCGGGCGUCACCUGCUCCCGGGCCAUCCGCGUCUCCCUGGGGGGCCUGUCCAUUGUGCUGGCGGACAGGAACUACACGGUCAGCGGGGCCGAGCCCGACGUGCACUGGCGGGUCAAGGCGGGCUCCCUGCACCUGCAGCUGGACAUCACCAUCGGCAGCAGCUACAACCUGACCCUCAUCUGGAACAAGCACAUGACCGUCUCCAUCAAGAUCUCACGGGCCACACAGGACGCCCUGUGCGGCCUGUGCGGCAACUACAACGGGAACAUGAAGGACGACUUUGAGACGCGCGGCAAGUACGUGGCGUCCGACGAGCUGGAGUUCGUGAACUCGUGGAAGGAGAGCCCGCUGUGCGGGGACGCCAGCCUCGCGCUGGAUCCCUGCAGCGUGAACGCCUUCCGCCGCGCCUGGGCCGAGCGCAAGUGCGGCGUCAUCAACAGCCAGACCUUCGCCGCCUGCCACAGCAAGGUGUACCGCCUGCCCUACUACGAGGCCUGCGUGCGCGACGCGUGUGGCUGCGACACCGGCGGGGACUGCGAGUGCCUGUGCGACGCCGUGGCCGCCUACGCCCAGGCCUGCCUGGACAAGGGCGUGUGCGUGGACUGGAGGGCCCCCGACUUCUGCCCCAUCUACUGCGGCUUCUACAACACGCACGCGCGGGCGGGCGCCGGCCAGUUCCGGUAUACCCAGGAGGCCAACUGCACGUGGCACUACCAGCCGUGCCUCUGCCCCCAGCACCUGCAGAGCCUCCCAGACGCCAACAUGGAAGGUUGCUACAACUGCUCCCAGGACGAGUACUUCGACCACAACGCGGGGACCUGCGUGCCGUGCGUGCUGCUGCCCACCACGCCGCCGCCGCCGCCGCCGCCCACCACCACAGAGUCGCCGCGCUCGAGCUCCAGCACCACCACACAAGCCACAUCACCACUGACGCCCACCGCAACUCCCAGGACGACGGCCACGGGACCGACCGUGACACAGGCCACGACCCAGCCCACAGGACCACUGCUCAGCACAGCCACGCGCUCCACAGCACGUUCGACAGCGCGCACCACAGCCGGAAGGCCAACCCCAGCGACGCCAGGGACAGCCACGGGGCCACCCAAAACGCCCGCGGGCCCGUCCACCACAGCCAGGCCGCCAGGGGAGGCCUCACCCACAACAGAGCACACGACACCUCACCAAACCACAGACCCACCAGGCCACGGGACACGGCCAACGGAGCCACUGAGAUCAACGGAGACCACACCAGGUUCUGGGCCAGACAAGACAGAGCCACCUAUGCCCACAGAGGUCUGCAGUGUGCGGGAGCACGAGGAGGAGGUCACUUACCAGGGGUGCACAGCCAACGUGACCGUGACCCGCUGCGAGGGCGUCUGCGCCUCCUCCGCCAGCUUCAACGUGGGCACCAGACAAGUCGGCACCCAGUGCAGCUGCUGCCGCCCCCUCAGCUCCUACGAGAAACAGCUGGCGCUGCCCUGCCCAGACCCCGCGGUCCCGGGGCGGCCGCUGGUGCUCACGCUGCAGGUGUUCCGGCACUGCGUGUGCGGCCCCGGGCGCUGCGGAGACGCAGCCCCCUGGGUGAGAGAAUGAAGCACCACCCCCAGCCCCCAGCCCCCCUCGUGCUGCCCCCAGCAGCCCCUUUCCAAGCGUGGCCUCGAAGAGCGUGGGGUGCAGCCCACCCAGGCACCUGCGGGAAGAAGCCGCUGG